CCUGCUGCGCCCGGCGGUGCUGGCGUGGGGACCCCGAGGGGCGGCUGGGUGCCUGGGGCAGCACUGGGGCUCUUGCCACUAACAGCGGGGCAGAGCGAUGGGCGGUGCCGGUGCAGUUACUGGGAGGCACUGGGUGGUGCUGGUGCAGUUACUGGGAGGCACUGGGUGGAGCCGGUGCAGUUACUGGGAGGCACUGGGCGGUGCCGGUGCAGUUACUGGGAGGCACUGGGCGGUGCCGGUGCAGUUAGUUGGAGGUACUGGGCAGUGCUGGUGCAGUUACUGGGCGGCACUGGGAGGUGCUGGUGCAGUUACUGGGCAGUGCUGGUGCAGUUACUGGGAGGCACUGGGUGAUGCCGGUGCAGUUACUGGGAAGCACUGGGCAGAGCCGGUGCAAUUACUGGGAGGCACUGGGCGGUGCGGCCCCGCCCCUCCAGCUGCCACCACAUCUGGCGGGGUGGGCGUGGCUGCCUUCGGCCGGCUCCUAUUGGUCGCUUAGCCCAGCCAAUGAGCGGCGGUGCGGCGGGGGGUUCGAACCGGCGGGGCGCCGCGCGCCUGCGCGGGACAUGAGCAGCGCGGGAUGGCGCGAGCCCUCCAGGCCCGCCGAGGAGCUGAUGCCGCUGCACGUCGCCACGUCCUGGGGGUGCUGCAGGUGCCUCGAGGUCCUGCUGAAGAAAUGGGGGGUCCCGGAGCUCCAAGACCAGGAUGGGAAACGAGCCAUCGACCUGGUGCUGGGACAGGGCCACCGUGCGUGUGUGCAGAUCCUGCGGGACUUGCAGUAUGCCCGAGGUUGGGCCCCCAUGGAGGACCCGGGGGGGCCCAGGCGCUCCCUGUCCUUCCUGACCGAGGACGGCACCGAAGACAGCGUCUUCUCCCAGCUCCCUGAGGAUGGGUCAGAGACCGGGCCCCUGAGCAGCACCCGCAGGUCCCAGCUGGAGGAGCUGGAGCUGGGGGGCAGCUGUGGUUUGGGGGACCCCCCGCUCUGGCUGGAUUGUCCCCCAGAGCCCCCUUCCCUCUCCAUCCCCUCCUUCGCCCCAUGGCCCCAGGCAGACCCCAGGGGCUCAGCUCUCCCCCCGCAGCCUCUCGCCUCCAGCACGCUGCUUUCGGCCAGGGAUGAGCUCGGGGAGGGACCCCAGAGCCAGACCAUGGGGGGAAGGACGGGGGGUCCCCCUGAGGCUCUUCUCGAGCCCAGCACUGGGGACAGCCCCUGUCCCCAGCAGGAUUUUGGUCCCAGUGGGUCGCUGAACUCCCCCCAGCCCCAGUGUUGCAGCAGGGUCCUGGGGGGACACAGGGCAUCUCCCACAGCUCCCCCGUUCCACGGUGGCCUGAGCAGCUGCUCCGUGGCUUGCCGGAGCCCGGGGAUCCCGCAUGGUGACAUCCCAGGUGCUGCAGCUCAGCACCGUCCCGGUGUCCCCCGGGGACCAGCACUGGGCCAGUACUGGGCUGGGCUGCCCCCCGACCUGGGGACGGCAGUGCUCGAGGCUGGGGCUGGGGACUGGGACCGCAGCAGCCUUGGGGACAGCAGCAGUGCCAGCGAGUGCUUCGUCACCGCCGUGGAGACCCUGGAGCCCACCGAGGCCGGGGGGUGCCCGGGGGUUUGGCACCGCCGCUCCCCCCAGCCCAGGGCAGCCGCAGGGUCGGAGCUGGGCGAAGCCCCUUCCCCAGCCGGAGCUGCCACCUGGGAGCUGCCCCCUGCCAGCCCCCCAAACGCAGAGCGGGUGCAGAGUGAGGAUUUUUGGGGCACCUCAAGGGCAGCCCCUUGCUGCAAGGAUGGCUCAGAUGUGGGUGAUGUAGGGGAGCUGCUUGCCCAGCUCCAGGGGUGCAGCCUCCAGGGUUCCCCCCCCUGCACUCCAAGACCCCUUCCCAGCCUGGCCAGUCUCACCGCUGGGGAUGACACCCCCUGGGACCAGGAGCCCCACAGUCACUGCCACGUCACCCCCAGGACCAAGAGCCGCCUCCGGGCCUCUGCAGCACGGCUCAGUGCCUCCUCUUCCUCGUCCCUCUUCGAUGAGACGCUGGAGAUGCCUCGGAGGCCCCCCAGGCUCAGAGCACCCCGGGGUGUCCCCAAGGACCCUGUCACCACCUCAGGGCGCUGCAUCACCCUGGGGGGUGAGGAUGUGUCUAGCGGGGAUGGAGAGGGGACAGGCUCUUUGGAUGACACCGAGAUCCUCCCUGGAGCCCCCAGCCAGCCCAGCUCUCCCCCAGGGGCCAGCAGCUCCCCUGGAUCUAGCCCCACAGUCCUGCUGGUCCCUGGGGACCGUGGCUGCCCCCAGGACUCCCCGUCAGAUGCUCAGGGCUCCCCUGAAUCUAGCCCCACGGUCCUGCUGGUCCCUGGGGACUACGGCCAUCCCCAGGAGUCCCCAUCAGAUGCUCAGGGCUCCCCUGGAUCUAGCCCCACGGUCCUGCUGGUCCCUGGGGACCACGGCCAUCCCCAGGAGUCCCCAUCAGAUGCUCAGGGCUCCCCUGGAUCUAGCCCCACGGUCCUGCUGGUCCCUGGGGACCACGGCCAUCCCCAGGAGUCCCCAUCAGAUUCUCAGGGCUCCCCCAGCUCUAGCCCUGCGGUCCUGGUGGCCGCUGGGGACCAUGGCCACCCCCAGGACUCCCCAUCAGAUGCUUGGGACUCCCCCCAUGCUGCCGGCAGCCCCAACCCCAGGGUGCUGGAGGAUGGUUCUGGGUGGCAGGACCCCUUGCCCUUGGGGACACGCCAGCCCCCACAGCCCCACGGGAGCUUCAGCCGCCUCCCGGCCCCUCGGCUGCCAGGCAGCACUGUGGUGGAGCUGGGGACCCCGGCCGUGCCGCUCUCGCCCACCGGCUGCGGUGCUCACCACACCACGGACCACCUCGAGGAUGAAGAGCGGGGACGGGUACCCACCAAGCAGCACAGCCCCGGCACAGAGGCCAUCGCCAGCCCCGAGGACGCCACGGCCCAGGAUGGGCGAGCGCGCACGGCACCGCCGCGGCCCCUCUCGGAUGAAGCUCUGCGCCGGCGGCUGCGGGCGCUGGGGGAUGAUCCGGGGCCCGUCACGGAGCUCACCAGGCGGCUGUACCUGCGGCGGCUGGAGGAGCUGGUGAGGGGACACCGGGGGAGGCCGGCAGCCGCUCCAGGGCACAGCCCCGAGCUGGCGGCCGCGCUGCGGACCGGCUGUGUCCCUGACUGCGCCCAGGACGAGCUGGCACUGGUCUGGCAAUUCGACCGCCCCGACCGGAGCCGGCACUGGCGGGAAGGGCUGGUCAAGUGCAGCUUCAACUACCUCCUCCUCGACCCCAGGACCACCCAGAACCUGCCGCUCCGCUCCCACUGUCUGAGCCCAGCCGAGUGCUUCAGGACCUUCAUCGAAGCCAUCUUCUAUGUGGGCAAGGGGACGCGUGCCCGGCCCUACUGCCACCUCGCCGAGGCGCUGAGCCAGCACCGCGCUGGGACACGGAAGGGUUGCCCCAAGGUGCGGCGCAUCCUGGAGAUCUGGGCGAGCGGGCAGGGCGUCAUCUCUGUGCACUGCUUCCAGAACACCAUCCCGGCGGAGGCUUACACACGGGAGGGCUGCCUCGUGGAGGCUCUGGGGCUGCAGACCAUCACCAACCAGAGGAAAGGGAACUGCUACGGCGUGGCGGCGAGCUGGCCGGCGGAGCGGCGCCGGCGCCUGGGUGUUCACAUGCUGCACAGGGCCAUGCGCAUCUUCCUGGCUGAGGGUGAGCGGCAGCUCCGGCCGGCGGACAUCCAGGGUGGGCGCUGAGCACCCUGGGGUGCUGGGGGGCACCCCCCGCCUGCAUCUCCCCUCUGCCCUGUCCGAGGAGGCAGAUGCACUCCGGGUGCGGGUUUUAUGUCGUGAACACUGGCUAGAAUUUUUCUAUUUUUGUAUUUCCCUAAAGGGUGACAAAUAAAAUCACUGCAGGCCUUCUUUU